UGUCAUCCAUAUCCUAUGUAUGCGUGCGCGCCUGUGUCAUACAUAUUCUCGCUUUUAUGUGUUUUUGUGUUUGCGGAGUGUUUGGUUGGACUCUUGGUGUCCCCGAGACUCGCAGAGCAGCAUAUAUAAGCGUGUAUACGUGUGUAGGUGUAUACAUGUAUGCGCGAUCCUCGCGAUUCCUCAUUAGUGUGUAUAUGAAGCGCGAGGUGCUGCACAGUGCACGCAGUACUGUUGUACUCUAACUUAACCGUGGGCCACUCUUCUAAGGGCCUCCCCUCGCUCGAACUUCGUAUACAAUAUUUUUGUUGACGUUUUUCUCGCUUGCUCCGUGCAUAAGCAGUGCAGUGCCGAAUGCAGUGCAGUGCGAGAUUCGCGGAGUGCCGAGAGUGUUGUUUUUUUCACAUAUAGCAGCAGCACCUCUAUAAUAUUCCACACUCUACAUACGCGGUGAGCGAGCGAGCGAGCGAGCGACUGUUGUUUGUGCCGUGCAAAAAACCUCUCGCGCGCGGCUCUCUGACGCGGAUAGACCGAAAUAUAUAUACUAUAUCAAAGUCAGGCAGACAGACAGCAAUCCGUGCAUUAACUAUAUUAAUACACACGCCACACGUAUAUCUUCGUUCUCGCGGUGCGCCAGCGAGCGAGCGAGCAGGCAGGCAGGCAGUGCCCCCCGAGAGAGAGAGACAGACGAGACGAGACAGACAGACAGAUAUAUUUACAAAAAAAGAGAGAUCGGAUCUUUGGAGGCGCCGUUUCGGAGUUAGUGGAAGCUGCUGCCUGUUCUCUCUCUCCUUCUUAUGCUCGCACUGUUGCUGCUUCUGUGUAUACCGUGUGUGUACGAGUGCAGGCAUUACAUUUAACAUUACUGUCGGUUGCUCGUAUGCAGUCGACCGUCGUCGUCGCCGCCGCCGCGAGUUAUAGCGUGACUUAUUUUCGUUCUGCAGCUCUUUUGGCUCGCGCCAAACACCCAUUGUGUCGUCGUAGUCGCGUUGUGUGCGUGCGUGCGAGAUCUUGGUCGUCGCGGGACAUAUAUAACUGCAUAACUUCGUCUGCGACGCCGACGACGAGUACAACACAGAGUGCACAGAGAGCGAGGAGGCACACGAGAAUAUCCUCCUUUUGUGUCUAGCGCACGAGGGCAGCAACAACACGGAGUUCUUCGCCUCGCUGCUGGGCAGACUCCGCUUAUAGACACACGCACACACUUUUGUGUAUACAUAAAAUACAGUUAUAUAUCGUGCGUUCGUGUGCGCGACGACUGCUGUUAUAUAUAUAUUUACAACGCGACUUUGAUACAGUUCGGCGUGCGUGUGCGCUCCGUUUGCCGUGCAUCAUGUGCGAUCGUCUAUAAAAGUGCAAGCAGUGCUGCUCCGAAAUCUCGUGCGUGCGCCUGUCUCUGUGUAUAUAGGCAAGGUGACAGAACAAAAAUAUACAAAAGUGAGAAGUGAGAAAGGAAGAAUCAUUGAAUAUAUAUAAAAAAUAUAUCCUAGUGGACUCCAGGCUCGCACGCGCUAAGAACAGCGAGAAAAGAGUGGCGAGAGUAUCGAGGCAUGGAGGCUGCAGUCGUAGCUCGUGCCAAGAGACGAGGAAUUAGCAAUUGUUGUUUAUACGGUAUCGACGUCGUCGUAUCGACUGCCGGAAGGAUACCGAAUAUCAUUGGCCUCUAGUGUGUAUGUGUGUGUGCGCCUGUAGUGUACAGAUAUAUAGCCUAUAUAUAAUAUACACAUACUGCGGCCAAUUGCUCUCGCUCGCGCGCUUCGGAGCUGCUGUGUUUUAUUAUAUAGAGAAGUAAGUGUGUGUGCUGCUACUCCGCACACGGCCUCGCAAUUUUCCCUUUAGUGGCCAAUAUAUGCUGCUGCGUGGUUAUGCAUCAUAGGCGCGCAAAGCAAUGCACCGGAGAUUGAUCGUGCAAACUGCUACUGCUGCUGCCGCUGCUGCUUAUACGUCUGUAAAUGCAGCCGAGUAGCGCAUUUAUAUAGGCGAGAGAGCGACUGUCGCCUGCUAUUAAUCCUAGUAAGCCAUCCGUCAUACGAGCUCGACGUUAGUCGUCGUCGUCGUCGUCGUACUCUUUCUAUAUAAUUUCUCUCGGCUCGUUAAAUGCGAUGCAGUUCUUUCCGAUCGUUGCUGUUGUUGCGCGACGUUAAUAAUAUAUAUACAGAGAGAGAGAGCCGCCUGGACGGAGGAGAGAUACAAAGAGAGUGCAGUGAGUGAGUGAGCGAGAGAGUAAUCCCGCUGCAGUUGGGCAUCAUCCUCGUCGCCGUCAUUGAAUUAUCAUCAUGAGUGCCUCCGAGAGCGCAAUCAUGAUAAUACUGACCAGCCUGGUCCUCGGGCUCAUUGGCUCUUCGUUUGCCCACGAUAUUCAUGGAUAUCCUAUUGAGCACGAUGUCAAAGGGUCAGAAACAUGUGAGUUUUUCAAUGAAACCAUGUGCAAUGGAGAAUAUAAGGAUGGUUGCUCUGAUAUCGAAAGGUGUACGCCUCAAGAGCCUGGAAAACGUAAUCACUGUUAUGUAUUGUGGCAAUACGACAGAGUUACUCAAAAUUCCACCAUAAAAUUGAAGGGCUGCUUUUUGGAUAGCAAAGAAUGUUAUGACAAAGAACGUUGUGUUGAAAAGAGCGCUGAUCGGAAGAAACAGCUUUUCUUUUGUUGCUGUGAAGGUGACAUGUGUAAUAGAGACUUUUCUUGGGAUCCACAGCCAACAGUACCUCCUCGUGUUGUUCAAGAACCAGAACCAGUUCCAAAUUAUGACCAACAACUUGUAACUCUUGUAAUAUCAAUCUCAGCUGUUUGUUUGGUAGUAAUUCUUGGAUCAGUUUUGUUUUAUUGCAAACGAAAGAAGCAAGGAUAUUUCAACGAGUUGCCAACUAUGGAGCCCGGUCCAAUGCCUCAACCGUCACCUAAUUUGGGCAAUCGACCUAUUCAAUUAUUGGAAAUUAAAGCGCGCGGACGUUUCGGUGCUGUCUGGAAAGCGCAACUUCGUUCCACAGUCGUUGCUGUCAAAGUUUUUCCUAUCCAAGAUAAGCAAUCUUGGCAGUCGGAACAAGAAAUAUUCAAACUGGCUCACAUGGAUCACGAAGAUAUUCUGCAGUUUAUCGGCGUUGAAAAACGUGGCGAUAAUUUACAAGCUGAAUUUUGGUUAAUCACUGCGUAUCAUGAAAAAGGCUCUUUGUGUGAUUAUUUGAAAGCCAACGUUGUUUCUUGGGCUGAAAUGUGUAAAAUUGCUGAAUCCAUGGCAAGAGGCCUAAUGCACCUUCACGAAGAAAUUCCGCCUAACAAAGCCGACGGUUACAAACCCGCUGUAGCUCACCGAGAUUUUAAAUCGAAAAAUGUUUUGCUGAAAAGCGACAUGAGUGCUUGCAUAGCUGACUUUGGUUUGGCGCUUAUCUUUCAUCCGAACAAACCGUGCGGCGAUACCCACGGUCAAGUAGGAACUCGUCGUUACAUGGCUCCCGAAGUACUAGAAGGAGCUAUAAAUUUUACAAGAGACUCAUUUUUGCGUAUUGAUAUGUAUGCAUGUGGACUUGUUUUAUGGGAAUUGGCUUCCCGCUGUACUGUACAAGACGGCCCAAUAGGAGAAUACAGAUUACCUUUUGAAGAAGAAGUAGGACUUCAUCCUACAUUAGAGGACAUGCAAGAGAGCGUAGUCCAUAAAAAAGAAAGGCCACUUAUUUUAGAUACGUGGCGCAAACAUCCGGGUCUUCUAUCUAUUUGUGAUACGAUGGAGGAGUGCUGGGAUCACGACGCAGAAGCGCGUCUUUCUGCGUCAUGUGUGAUGGAGCGAGUUGCAUCGCUGAGUCGCAGUAUGGUGAUCAACAUAUCGACCCUCAUUCGCGUAGAGAACGAGUCCCUCAUAACGAAGGAAUCGAGUAUGUAGCUAGAUCCGGGCUUCAGCGAUGACUUUGCAAUUACUUCGUAAAGAAGUUCUUGCCAUUACUCGUCGUUGAAGCAUGCCCUCUACGAUCUACAAGCUGUCGCACAAGAAUUAAAUGUGAUCAGUGAUAUGAAAAAACUCUAAAACGUUUCUGUUUAAUGACAUUGGAAGUUUUAUGAGCGAUGAACAGUGUUAUCAAAAUUACAAUGUAUUUGCUGUGAAACUGAUAUGUGUGUUUUAUAAUAACGGUCCAAGUUUGUUCUGAAUCACAAUGUGAUGCGGUUUUCUCGCGAGAUAUAUCUUGAUAUAAGCGAGUCAACGUAUUUGUUUGUUGUAAACACACUUUACGCCUCCAGCAAUGAUUGUAGUUUAAUACUCGAAUCUUCAACUUACACUAUGUUAAAUUAAUCAGAAAAAAAUAUCAUUAACAUUUAUAAAUAGGUAAUUGUAAAAAUAACCGUCAAUGGGAAACGAUGGCUUUUAAAUACAAUGCUUGUAUUAUUAUCGUUUUAAUGUACCCAUGACGAAUAAGUUUAGAAAUUUUGUUUUGUCUUACGUAAUUUUGCAACGAGAUUAUGUACAUAGGGUUAAUGUUGGCGUACACGUAUCAUUGAAUAAUCAUCCCCAAUGAUGCCUAGAAAUCAUAGGGGUUGAUGAGUUUUAUUUGUAAAAAAAGUUUUUGUAGUUUGUGAUUUUGGGUAUAUAAGUUAUCCAACCUAAAACUGGUCAGAUUAAGUCAGAUGAUGUUCAUUUAUCGAGUUAAUAUUAAUUAAAUUAAUUAAUCAAAUUAAUUGAUUUAAUUAAAAAAUGAGUUAGAAAUGAGUUUUUCAUCUAUGUGUCAAUAGAAUUUUUGAAUUUAUUGAAUUAUUGCCGAGCAAUGACAUUUCUCUGCCAAAUAAGUAAUAAUAUAUUAAUGUAUUGUAUUAUAUAUAAUAUGUUAGUAUUUAUUGAGCCAUCUUGUAUCAGUGAUAGUUCUUUAAUUUUUGACAUCCUUUUAAACGAUUGUUUUUCUAUUUGAAUUGACUAAAUACUGGACUGGAUGACGAGUUUCCUGUUUUAUACUAUUCAAUUUAUUACAUUGCAGUGGCACUUGUAUGCUCUGAGCCGCAUAAAAUAUAUUGAUAUGUCGUUAUAAAAAAUCGUAUGGAUUUAUGAGAAGCGUACAUAACAUCUCAAAACUUUGUAAAUAUCUUAUUGAAGUUGAACUAUGACGUUAUAAAAAAUAAUUGUACAUUUAUGUUAAAAUAAGGUACAUUAGCAAGACCAAGAAAUAAAUAUGUAAAUAUAUACGUAUAGGUAUAGAAAAUAUUUUGUUUUCUUUUUUUUUUCAUUUUCAAUCUUUUCGAGCAUACGAGUGUCUAGAAAACACUUCGUUUCUCAUUGUUAACGAUGUCUUUCUCGCUCGAUAAUUGCUUGUAGCCACCCGCCAUCGAAGAUAUUUUAAUUGCAGUUGCUUGAAAGGAGUAUCGGUUUUUGAAAAGUUUCGAUCUAAACAAAAGCUAAAGUACAAACAAAACAUUAAGUUCAAAGAAUAACGAUGAAAAUUCAUAUCCUUCUAAAAAAAAAUAGAUUCGCGUCGAGCAACUGCAGCUGGAACUUCUUCGAGAUAACCACGACAAAAGACAGUACAGUCUAAAGUUGCGAGUAUGAAUUCUUGUUACGAUGUACCUGGUAGACACUCUUAUAUCCCAAACCGACGGUCUUCUUCAAAAUGAUGGUCAAAGCAGAUUAUUUUUCACGUUUCUAAUGUAACUAAAAGGUUUAUGAUAGCCAAUUCCAAAUAUACGUAAAAACCGCAUAAAUGUUAGAUUAUGUAAAAUUUUACAACGCGAGAUUUAUGAGUGGUUGUCGACGUAGUAGAGAGAAAUAAAAAAAAUAUUUGACGAUAGUGGGUUAAUGAAAAAUGAACAAGAAGUGAUUGUCAGAGAUGCAGACGAUGUGUACAAAAGAGCAAUUUCCGCCCUAUUUUUUAUGACGUAACUCCAAUCGGGGAAACGAGUGAACUGGUGUCUGAUUUUUUUGUUAGUCUUCCAAAGCAUAUAUACAUUACGUGCAAACUCCUCAAUUCUGUCUACACACCUUUUGCCCCGUUAAACAAUUAAUUUUGUCUGGUCACAAAAAAAGUAUAUAAUAUAUAUGCAACCAAGCAGAUCGGAGCGAACAUCUGAUAUUCAUUCGACUGAUUGAUUAAUGUUUGCCUAAAUCCGCGCUCUUUACAAUAUAACGAAUUGUUGGCUUUCGACGGUGCCAAAAAUGAAAAGUAAAACAUAAUUAUAAAAUAAGCAGAGAGACGAAAAUAUCACGAGUGUAAAUGGCGAUUUAUCAUUGACUGGGUGUACCUUUAACCGAGCAUGUUAGUCUAAUUUAUAUAGAAAAAAACGAUAGACUGUAAACGGUAGUUUUUAUGUAAAUAAUCGAAUCGCAGAUAUCUUUGAGCACCAAUGCCACAUAGCACAGAGAAGGAGAGAAAAAAAAAUUAACAUCAUGUUUAGAUAAUCCAUACAUAUCGUGCCAUUAUAACAUUGAUUUUCUGAAAGAUUUGCAGUACGAGUCAAUACAAGACUGACUCAUACCGAUCUUCCGCAAAGUACGAUUCACUUUGAACGAUAUCGAAUUUAUUGCUCUCAAUUGGUUCAUUAAUCAUUGUUUAAUGUUUCAUAUAAAAAAUGUUAACGCCGUGUAAUUUCUUAACGAAAAAAUAUGGGCAUGUACUGCAUGUAGGUAAAUAAUAAUUGUGUCUAUCAUCGUUUUUUCAAAGUUAAUUUAUAUUGUAAUCAUUCACUGCGAGGACAAAAAAAUCUGUUAACUUAUCAGCAGUGUACGAAUUUUAGCUAAGAAAAUAAUCGAAAUCACAUCGUAGCUUUACAUAAAUGUGUGUAGAUUUAUAUACAUUAUAUUAUAUAUAUCGUACGUUUGAUCGAGCGCGAGAGGAGCAAGUUUAUCUGUAAAUAUCAUAACAAAUUUUGAUCACGGUGAUAGGGUUCGAUCGGUGAAACUUGUAAAAAAAUAAAGUUACGUUGUAAAUAGCUUUUAAUACAUAAAAUUGCGUCUAUAAUAUAUUUACUAUAUUUUGUAACAUUAAUUUUUUUUUUUCGUAAUCGCGUGAAUGCGUAAUUCGGCUAGUUAUUAAUUGCUUCAUUCGGUUCAACGAAAAAAAAGGUCGCAUCGAUAAAUCAAUGUGUGUGGAAUACUCUCUGCGCUCUCUAUUGAAAAAUAAAAGAAAGAAUUCAACGAACGAAUGGACUCGAUUAAAAGUUAAUCAACUUUACGUAAAAAAACGUUAUAUCGAAUGAUGUAAACUUGUCUGUGAUGCUAAUUGCUAAAAAAGUACAAUUUUUCCUAUUUAAAAAAAAAAAUAAUUUAAUCAUUUAUUGAUUAUCGUUUUUAUAAUUCAUCAUCGAAAAUGUAUAAUAAAACAGAGAGUCUGACAGUGAGUUUCCACACAUUACUAAUUAAUCGAUCGGCAGGCUUUAAAUCGGUUUUUAUGUCACAUCGACAUCAAUAAAGAAAAAUGAUCGACUCGACGGAUAAUUUUUUCGGACGGCGCUAAAAAAGUAGAGAGAGGGGGCAAAAUCGAUUUGUUGAAAAUUUAAUUCUCUACCCCCUUACCCAGGGGAGUGUCCGUAUACGUUUGUACAUUGAUUAUUAAGUUAUGAAUGUGAUUUGUGUAUACUACGACGCAUCGCAAUACUUGUUCUUGUUACAAUCUAGAUUUAUAUUAUAUAAAAUUGAUAAUCAUAUAUUUAUACUAUUCGAUAUAUUUGUUUUAUAUAUAAACAUAUUUACAAGGUCAUAUAGUUAUUUUUUAUGAAAUGAACAAAAAAAAAAACAACAACAACAAGAAACAAAUCUAAUAUCUGUGUACGUACGAAUUAUAUAAUCUGAAUAUAUUAUAUAUACACGCGGUAUGUAACGUAUCGAUUAAUAAUAAUAUAAUUAAAGAAAAAAAGACAGGGAAAAAUCUUUUGAUAAAUGAAUCAUCGACACGGGCGAAAGAAAAUUGUAGAAGACUCGAUGGAUGAUUAUCUUUCAAUGUCCAUACAUCUUUGAGGUCGCAUAAAGACUGACAAUUGUAAAUAAUAUGUAAUCGUGAACUAUGCGAUUCCAACGACACUCGUACUGCAUUACCAGUGAAAAACCGAAGUCAGAAGGAAAAAAACGAAAAAAUCAUCCUAAUUUUAAUCGUCCGUAUAUACACGAGCAUUAUAUACAUAAAAAAAUAUCGUGUGCUUGUUCCAUUUGGAGUGGUGUUAUUGAAGCGAAAUGACGUUUCUCUACUUGACUUGCACAGAGCGCGCCUGCCAAUACUAUCCGAAAAAUGUAGACUUUUCAUUUAAUUGCGAGGACAAAAAAAAUGAAUAGAAAAGCAUCGCACAAUAUUUUUGCUUUUAAUAUUAAAAAUGAAAUUCAAAACGCGUUUUUUCGUAAGCCAUGUAUUACAGGGUGAGAAACGACUUUUUCCGCCAAUGGACACGACUUCCAAAUGGAGACCCGCAAGCGUUUAUUUGCGUAUUUUUUAUUACGCACCCAGUGCAGAGAACCAAUUCAAUAGUCAUUAUUAUAAUAAACCUUUAUAUAAUGAAUAUUUAAUAUAUAAAAAAGCUGUGUACGUUUUUGCAGUGGGAGAAACAGAAACGACCGAUAACGAGAUCCCCCAAUUUUGUACGUAAAUUAUACAAACACGUGAAUGAAUUUAUGUAUAAAGAAAAGCUGAUGUGUCUCU